GAUCAGUUUGUGUCCUUGCCAUUCUAUUAUGAAGAAAAGAUGGCAAUUUUCCGCAGCGGCUGGACAGCGGUGCUGGAGACUGACUUUGGACUGCAGGUGACUUUCGACUGGAACAGCGUGAUUACCGUCACCUUGCCCAGCACCUACCAAGGCGCUGUCUGUGGCCUCUGUGGCAACUUCAACAAGAAUCCCUCUGAUGACAUGAAGACUCCCGGAGGAAAUUUGGAAUCCAACGAUGUGAAGUUUGGCGACAGCUGGAGAGUAGGUUUGGUGCCAGGCUGCUCAUCAGAAUGCUCCGGUCCCUUGUGCAAAACCUGCUCCGAUUCCCAGAAGAAAGUGUACCAGGCAGAGCGCUACUGUGGCUUGAUCACAAGCAAGUCCGGCCCAUUCCGCGACUGCCUUGCUAAAAUAGACCCCAGUGGUUUUAUUGAAAACUGCAUGUAUGAUGCCUGCCAAUACCAGGGCCACCACACAGUUGUCUGUGAUGCUGUGGCUGUCUAUGCCUCUGCCUGUCAGAAUGAAGGCAUCACCAUCUACCCAUGGAGGAGCCAGACCUUCUGCCCUGCCACCUGUCCCAGAAACAGUCACUACGAGGUUUGCGCCACAGGCUGCCCUGCCACCUGCCAUAGCCUGUCCUCCCCCAAAAAUUGCCACCUGCCCUGCAAGGAGGGCUGCCAGUGCGACAACGGCUUCCUCUUGAGCGGGGAUGAGUGCUUGCCCAUUGCAGAGUGUGGCUGCGUGUAUGGUGACCAGUACUAUAAAAAGUGCGACGUAUUCUAUCCCAAGGGCAAGUGUGAGGAGCAGUGCAAGUGCAGCGAGGACGGCGCUGUCACCUGCAAGAAGUUCUCCUGUGGGGUCAACGAGGAGUGCAAGGUGGCGAAUGGCGUGCAAGCGUGCCACCCCGUAGGGGAAGGCAAGUGCGUGGCCUCAGGAGACCCCCACUACAUUUCCUUUGAUGGCCUCAGGUUCAACUUCAUGGGCACCUGCACAUACACUCUGGCCAAGCUGUGCGACCAAGAGGGCAAGCUCCGGCCUUUCUCCGUGGACGUUGAGAACGUGGCGUUCGGGAACGGAAAGGUGGCCGUCACGAAGAUGGUGAAGGUGGUGGUGUACGAUUAUGUUAUCACCAUAAACCAAGGGAUGCGAUGGAAAGUCAUUGUGGAUGAUGAGGUGUUCCACCUGCCUCUGUCCCUCGAUAAAGGAAGGGUCACGAUCAACCAGGAGGGCUGGAACGUCGUUGUCCAGACAAACUUCGGUCUGAGGGUGCUGUACGACGCUGUGUACUAUGUAGAAGUAAUCGUCCCCGGAAACUACCGCAGCAAGAUGUGCGGCCUCUGCGGCAACUUCAAUGGAAACCAGAAGGACGAAUUCCUUCUGCCCAAUGGCAGAGUGGCCGAGAACGCUGACGUCUUUGGGGCAGGAUGGCGAGUAGACAUCCCAGGGGUCGUGUGCAAUGGCGGCUGUGGCAAAGACUGCCCGCUCUGUGACCAGGGCAAGCAAGUAGUCUACGGGAAUGACAACUACUGUGGGAUGAUCAAGUCCAUCACAGGUCCCUUCCAAGCCUGCCACGCAAAGGUCAAGCCGGAGCCCUACUUCGAGGACUGUGUCUUUGACGUGUGUGCCAUGGACGGGGAUAAGGACAUGCUGUGCAAGAGCCUCCAGGCCUAUGUUAUCGCAUGCCAGGCCGUCGGGGUGCAGAUCAAAACCUGGAGAACAAAGCAAUUCUGUCCUGUUUCCUGCCCAGCUAACAGCCACUACGAGCUGUGUGCCGACACCUGCAGCACCUCCUGCUCCGCGCUCGUCACUGCCUCAACCUGCACCAAGAGCUGCUUUGAGGGCUGCCAGUGUGACAGUGGAUUUGUUUACGAUGGAGACAAGUGUGUGUCCAUGAACACCUGUGGCUGCAUCUAUGAUGGCAAAUACAUGAAGGCUGGCGAGAAGAUUGUGGCAAAGGGCUGUACUGAGCAAUACACGUGCAAGGCCACAGGGGCCGUGGAUUCUGAGCCGCUGACGUGCCCCGCCGGGGAGUACUGUGGGGUCAAGGACGGAGUUCGGGGCUGCCAGAAAAAAGUGGGAAUUUGCACAGUGAAGCCUGGCACUCAUCUCCAUUCCUUCGAUGGGAACGAGGGCAAGAUAAGCAGUGGAGGAGCCUUUGAGAUUGCCUCGCUCUGCAACCAAGGCUCGGAGGAGUGGUUCCGCGUUGUGGUGGACGUGCGGACCUGCACCCAGAACAGCAUCGCCGGCGCAGUCACUGUCUAUGUGUUCUUUGGGAACACCUACAUUGCUGUGAACAAUGAACAACAAACUUGGGUGAACGGGAAGAAGGUAACCCUGCCCAUUAAGCUGCAGAACGAGAUAUCGGUCCACAUUUCUAACAAGCUGAUAAUCAUUGAGAGGAAAUCCAGUGUGCAAGUGACCUACAGCAUCACGCAGGAGGUGACUGUUACCGUGAGCGCCGAUCUCGCCAACCAGGUGUGUGGUGCUUGCGGAAACUUCAACGGCAAUGAACACGAUGACAUGACGUUAUCCACCGGCAAAAUCUCGAUCAGCUUCCAAGAGGUCAUCAACUCCUGGAAGGCCAUGGAUCACUCAAGCUGCGGUCUGUAAUCUCCUGACAACUUGUCCCAAAAUAGCCAACAAACGCACAUGCAAUGAUUGCAGUUUUCAAAAUGGGCUGGGUUUAAUCAGACUUUAUUCAGAUUUUUUUCUUUUUUUUUUUUG